ACCUGGGUCUGUGCAGCCGGGGGCUGUGGCUUGUCAAGUGGUUGCACAGAUCGGGAGCGAGCCGGGACUGCCGGCGGUGCGAGCCUAUUCGCAGCGUUUUCACCCCCAAAUUCCCAGGCCGGGUUGGCUAGGAAUGCAAAUGGCUCGUCCUCCCUGACGUCACAGCGCAGGGCACAUAACGCUUGCUGUAGUGUUUUUCCGUCUCAGGGCCGGAGCAAUGGUGCUCCACUUGGUGCCUAGAUGUUCUGCAAGGCUCUUCUGGGCGUCUCCAGGAUGGAGGAGGACCUACACUCAGGGAACCUCGGUGGGGUUGACGUCCCUGGGUUGCCCUCGCCAUAGGCACAGCCCCAUGGCUCGCAGAGGGUAUUCCUCGGCCUCUGGCAGCCCUGAGGUUAUGCUGACCCCUGAGCGGUACCCUGUGCAACGUCUGCCGUUUUCUACUGUGUCUGAGGAGGACCUGGCCGCCUUUGAGCGCAUCGUACCUGGCAGAGUUGUCACAGACCCAGAGCAACUGGAGGCAUACAACGUGGACUGGCUGAGGAGCGUCCGGGGCUGUAGUAAAGUGUUGCUGAGGCCGCAGACCUCCGAGGAAGUGUCCCAGAUUCUUAGGCAUUGCUAUAAGAGGAACUUGGCUGUGAACCCACAGGGGGGAAACACUGGCUUGGUGGGGGGCAGCGUCCCUGUGUUUGAUGAAGUCAUCCUGUCCACUGCCCUCAUGAACCAAGUCAUCAGCUUCCAUGAUGUAUCCGGAAUUCUGGUCUGCCAGGCAGGCUGUGUGCUGGAAGACCUGAAUGCCUAUGUGCAGGAGCGGGACUUCGUCAUGCCACUGGACUUGGGAGCAAAGGGCAGCUGCCACAUUGGGGGUAAUGUGGCAACCAAUGCUGGUGGUCUGCGCUUUCUGCGGUAUGGCUCGCUUCGAGGGACUGUCCUGGGCCUGGAAGUGGUGCUUGCUGAUGGGACCAUCCUGAACUGCCUGACCUCCCUGAGGAAGGAUAACACAGGCUAUGACCUGAAGCAGCUGUUCAUCGGGUCAGAGGGCACGCUGGGAGUCAUCACUGCUGUGUCCAUCUUGUGUCCACCCAGGCCCAAGGCUGUGAAUGUGGCUUUCCUCGGUUGCCCUGGGUUUGCUGAGGUUCUGCAGACAUUCAGCACCUGCAAGGGGAUGCUGGGCGAGAUCCUGUCUGCGUUUGAGUUUAUGGACAGUGAAUGCAUGCAGUUGGUCAGACAGCACCUCCACUUGACCAACCCAGUACAAGAGAGUCCGUUCUACGUCCUGGUUGAGACCUCAGGCUCCAGCGCAGCACAUGAUGCCGAGAAGCUGACCAGUGUCCUGGAGCAGAUGCUGAACUCCGGCCUGGUGAGCGACGGCACUAUGGCUACUGACCAGAGGAAGAUCCAGACGCUGUGGGCCCUUCGGGAGAGGAUCACAGAGGCGCUCAGCCGUGACGGCUGCGUGUUCAAGUAUGACAUAUCCCUCCCCGUGGAGCGGCUCUAUGACCUCGUGAUCGACGUUCGAGCCCGCCUUGGCCCUCGAGCCAAGCAUGUGGUGGGAUACGGGCACUUGGGGGAUGGCAACCUUCACCUGAAUGUGACGGCAGAGGCCUUUAGCCAGGAGUUGCUUGGUGCCUUGGAGCCCUAUGUGUAUUCCUGGACAGCGGAGCAGCGGGGCAGUGUCAGUGCCGAGCAUGGCCUGGGCUUCAAGAAGAAGAACGUUCUCGGCUAUAGCAAGCCACCUGAGGCCAUGAAGCUUAUGCAACAGCUCAAGGUCCUGCUGGACCCCAAAGGCAUCCUGAACCCCUAUAAGACUCUGCCUGCUCGGGCCUAAUUGGAGCUCUUCAUCUCGUUGCCAUGAGAUGCUGGGACCUGGCAUGCAGGGUUGGUAGGCCAUGAGGCCUCCCAUCUGAUGACACCUGCAACAGACCAGGUUACUGUCUCCCCUUGGCUAUCCAGGGGCCAACUCGAGGACCCUCUGGGCUGGGCUGCCUUUCUGUAUGUUGAGCAGAGCAGAUGAGAACUCUCUGAUGUCCUACCAGCUCAUUGCGGGCAGGCUAAGUGGGUGGGCAGUUUCCCCACUCCUAAACAGACCAAAUCUCCUCUGCUCUGUGGCGGUCAGUGGAGACCCGCCUUGUCUGGGUCUGGGAAGACUUCGAUGUGAUCUUGUUACCGGAUGGAUCUCUAUGUGAUGUGUGCCCUGUGAGGGCUGCGGCAGAGCUGUCCAGUCCCAGAUCAGUUACCACGAUGGCCCAGAGCACUACAACUCUAAUCCCAUGGGGCUGAGUGGGGUCGUCUGUUAUACCAAGCAGGUCUUGGAUUGGUAAUUGACCAGGGCAGGCCAUUUCUCUUGUUUUGUUUUCUUUGUUUGUUUUGUUUAGCUCUAGCUGUCCUGAAAUUUACUGCAUAGACCAGACUAACAUUUAAUUCACAGAGGUCCACCUGUCUGCCCCUUGCCUCCUGAUUGCUGGGAUUAAAGGCAAGUGCCACCACACCUAGCUUGCCUUGUUCUUAAAGGCCUAUCUGCCCCCUUUGCCUCCUGAUUGCUGGGAUUAAAGGCAAGUGCCACCAUG